GAUCAAGACAGAUCUCCAAGUGGAUAACACACUAAGAGCAGAAGAAGCUUCUCUGGGAGCAAACUUCAACCAAUCGGAUUAAUUUUGUGCAUUUUCUUCUUACGGCUCAUACACGAAGCAAAGUCUGCAAACAUGCCUGUGUCAAGGAUGAGGAUGAGGCCAUGGCUGGAAAAGAUGAUCGAGUCAAACGCCGUCGCUGGUCUGACUUGGCUGGACAAGGAAAAGACAAUGUUUUCAAUUCCCUGGAAGCAUGCGGCUCGACACGGCUGGGAGCUGGACAAGGACGCAAGUCUGUUCAAGCGGUGGGCCAUCCACACAGGGAAAUACGUGGAAGGUCAGACUUGUGACCCAAAGACAUGGAAAGCCAACUUCCGCUGUGCAAUGAAUUCACUGCCUGACAUCGAGGAGGUGAAAGACAGGAGCAUCAACAAAGGCCACCAAGCUGUUCGCGUCUUCAGGAUGCUGCCUACAAGCCCAAAAUCAAGAGAUAAACGAAGCAAAGCAAAGGAGACAAAGGCAAGGAAGAAGAGCUCCAUCAAGGUGGAGGACAACGUAGACUGCAGUAGCGCUCAGUCUCCCGUGGAUGAGUCAGUGUCGGAGGACACCUUUUCCACUCAGGAGAACACAGUCGACAGCACAGUGCCCACAGAGCAUCCAGAUUUAACAUUUGUGUCGCAGUCUGAAGUACCUGACUGGUCUUUGUCAAUUGAAAUCGGCCCCGAGAGCUUCUGCCACAGAUUCGAAGUUUCACCUGAUCACAGCCCCGAUUUUGACUACACAGAGGACAUUAUCCAGAUUUGCCAGCAACUGGAGAAAGAGUCAAACUGGAUGUCGUGCAGUUUAGACGGCAAGGGGUUCCUGAGCAAUGAAGCAUGCACCAGUCCAGGGAGCCAGUGGAGUGAAUCUUCCUCAGUCGAAGACCUAGAGGAAAUGCCACAGUACACAACAUUGGGCUCAGACCUCACAAAUCCCACAGACGACAUGUGGAACAAUUUUUGUCAACAGAUGCCCCUCCUGCUUUAGGAUCUUCAGGACAGGAUAAUGCUUUGACACUUUUGGACUUUUAAAAAAGCUCAUCCUACCCAGCAUCCUUCCCUUACUGAGCCAUCACCUCAGUCGAAUCUUAUCAUCCCUCCAGUCCAUGAUGUCCAUCACACUCUAAGCUAACACCCACCCCUCCCCACAACUUCCACCCGUGUGCCGUGACUAUCGCAGAGAGCUUUCUUCAUCUCCCUCAGCCUGUGUCUAUCUUCUAUGUUAUUGGCUGGUUCAAGGCAUUUUGGAUACAUAUGAGGUAGACAAUACUUACCUCAAAAUGCAGAUGCUUGUAUUUACUUUCUAGUUGUUGUAUAAAGUCAAAUAUACAAUAAUAUCUAUUUUUCCGUUAUGUGAAAAAUACAUUUUAGUUAAAGGGAUGAGAAAGCAUUUGGAUAAACAUCUUAACUUCAGGUGAAAGCUCUUUUUCAAAAUUUUACUUUUUUUUUUGCUCAAAUGAAUUGUAAACUAAUGUACAUAGUUGUUUGUGUGUUGUUUUUUAUAUAAAAAUAAAAAUCUAAAUGUGAA